AUGGGGAUCGCCACAGUCAUCCUUGAAAUAUGUCUCCUAUUGGGCCCAGUUCUAUCUACAGACAAUUAUUCCUGCGGAGGCGUCCUGUCCCAAUCUUCAGGGAGAAUUUCCAGCCCAUCGUACCCUGGGAACUAUCCGAACAACGCCAAGUGCGUGUGGGACAUUGAAGUUCCAAACAACUACCGCGUGACUGUGGUCUUCACAGACGUCCAGCUUGAAGGUGGCUGUAACUACGAUUAUAUUGAAGUGUUCGACGGCCCCCAUCACAGUUCCCCGCUGCUCAGCCGGGUAUGUGAGGGGGCAAGGGGCUCCUUCACCUCGUCAUCCAACUCUAUGUCCAUUCGCUUUGUUAGUGAUGGCAGCAUCGUGAAAAAGGGGUUCGAGGCUGAAUACUACCCCAGUCUUUUCAUUGGGAUGACAAAGCUGCUUUGCCAGCAGAAUCACAUGCAAGCCAGAGUGAGCAUGGGCUACCUCCAAUUCCUGGGCCACUCUGCCAGGGACCUUUUCAUUCCCAGCUCGAACGGGAGCUACCAGUGUCAGCCCCAGAUCACAUUAAGCCACGUGACCUUCACAAUUCCUUACUCCGGCUGUGGCACCAUUGAGCAGGUGGAUGAUGACACCAUCACCUACUCCAACUUCCUCAAAGCAGCUGUUUCAAGUGGUAUCAUCAAGAGGAAGAAGGACGUCCACAUUCGUGUCAGCUGCAAAAUGCUCCAGAACCGCUGGGUUAACAUGAUGUACAUUGCUAAUGACACCCUCAAGGUCAAGAACAUACAACAGGGCAAAUUUAAAGUGAACAUUUCCUUUUAUACAUCCUCUUCAUUCUUGCAUCGUGUGACGAGCAACCCAUACUAUGUAGACCUGAACCAGGUUUUGUACCUUCAGGCUGAAAUCCUCCAUCCUAAUACCUCCCUGGCCUUAUUUGCAGACACAUGUGUGGCUUCACCGAAUUCCAGUGACUUUACAUCUUUGACUUAUGAUCUCAUCCGGGGGGGGUGUGUGAAGGACGAAACCUACCAGUCCUACGACCAGCCCUUGCCCCACAUCGUCCGCUUCAAGUUCAGUUCCUUCCACUUCCUGAGCCGCUUCCCCUCCAUGUACCUGCAGUGCAAGAUGGUCGUGUGCAGUGCAAACAAUGCCUCCUCCCGCUGCCACAGAGGCUGUGUCGUGAGGGCCAAGAGGGACGUGGGCUCCUACCAGGAGAAAGUGAACGUCAUCCUGGGACCCAUCCAGCUGCAGGCCCCGCACGGUGAGGAUAGGUGCCUGGACCGGCCGGUGGUUGAUGUGCAGGAAGAGGCCAGCACCCCCGGGAGCUACCACAGUACUACCAUCCUCGCUGGAGUCUUCCUGGUCGUGGUCUUGGUCGUAGCAGCCUUCACACUGGGGAGGGACAAGGAUGAGAACGGCCACACCCCCAGCCUCCUCCUGUCCCAUCCAAACCUCCAAGCUCUCUGCAACCAGAGAGCAAGCCCCAGGGAGGUGGGCAGGAACAUUUACCUGUUGAUGUCAGAGCAGGCGAGGAUCCGGACUGACUGGAGGCUGGAAGUGGCAACCAAGGGAAAGCUCAGAACCUCAGGGCUUACUUUCAUGAAGAUGAACGUUCCUGCCAUGUCUGUGAGCAGCCACCACAGCUACUGUUUUAACUUCCUGGUGGUAGAGCAAGGAGGAGCCCCAGCGGGAAGUGCCCAGUUCGGUCAGGGCUCAGGGCUGAUUGUCCUGGAAGAAGUGUGCUGCUCAGGAAAUGAGACCUACCUGUCCAAUUGCCGCCACAGGAACUGGAACUCACACAACUGUGGACAUCAUGAGGACAUCAAUGUCAUCUGCUCAGCUGCCCGGCCCCAGUCCACGCUCAUUCCAGACGCCAACCAGUAG